AAGAGUGCCCGGUAGCUGAUAAGGCAAAACCUUCUGAAAAUUUCUACAGAACUCAUCCCCAACUUUCCUUGCUGAUUCAUCUUGCAAAUGCAAACUACUGCUUGAUUCUACCAUCAUGAUUAUCCUGCUAUUUCUUCUUUUUUUCACAAAAAAUAUUGCUGGAGCACCAUCAGACUCUAACGUAUUUGGCUACAUUGAGGAACAUCAAAAUACAUAUGUACAGAGACUUAAAGAAUGGGUGUCUAUUGAAAGUGACUCCAGCAACUCCGAAAAGAGAUGUGAGGUGGUAAAAAUGAUGAAUUUAACUGCUGAGCAGUUAACACAGUUAGGUGCCACCGUUGAACUGGUCGAACUGGGGAAUCAAAAGCUGCAAAAUGGAAAUGAAAUUCCUUUGCCACCUGUAAUUCUGGCAGAAAUUAUAACGGACCCUAAAAAGCCUACCAUUUGUUUCUAUGGACACCUGGAUGUUCAACCAGCCAAAUACGAAGAUGGAUGGUUAACACAGCCAUAUAUUUUGGAAGAAAAGAAUGGCAGCAUGUAUGGGCGUGGGACUUCUGAUGACAAAGGACAAGUUUUGGCUGUACUCCAUGCAAUAGAAGCACUUCAAAAACAUGACCUCCCUAUGAAUGUGAAGUUUGUCUAUGAAGGUAUGGAGGAAGUAGGAUCCAAUGGGCUGUUCACACUCGUUCAAGAGAGAAAUAGUACGUUUUUUUCAGAUGUUGAUUACAUUGUGAUCACCGAUACCUCAUGGCUCAGUAAGAAACCUGGCAUCACCUAUGGAACGAGAGGGAACCUCUAUUUCUUUAUUAAGGUGGAAUGUGCCAAACAGGACUUGCACUCCGGAAGUUUUGGGGGUGUGGUUCACGAAGCAACCAGUGACUUAAUAUUUUUGUUGAACGCUCUUGCCGAUUCUUCUGGUAAAAUUCUGGUCCCUGGAAUUUAUGAUGCUGUUGCUAAUAUUUCGAAAAAAGAAAAGGAAUACUUUGAAAAAGCAGAAUAUAAUCUCGAGGAGAUAAAGGCCAAAUUGGGAAUAAAAAAAUUUAAGUAUAACACUAAAGAAGAAAUAUUAAUACAGAACACAUGCUACCCAUCUCUGUCCAUCCAUGGAAUUGAAGGAGCUUUCUCCGCAUCAGGAACUAAAACUGUAAUCCCUGCAAAAGUAAUUGGGAAGUUUUCCAUACGUCUGGCUCCCAAAAUGGACCCCUCAGUAGUAGAGAAACAGGUUAUUGAAUACUUGUAUAUGAAAUUUGAAGAACGAAACAGUCCUAACCGGAUUAACAUAACAUGUGUCAUCAAAGCAAAGCCAUGGGUUUCCACUGAUACAGAAGGACCACUGUAUUUAGCAGGGAAAAAUGCAAUUAAGAAAGUGUUUAACAGUGAAGCUGACUUCUUCCGAGAAGGUGGAACAAUUCCAAUUGGGCCACAGUUCUAUGAAGUAACUGGGAAAAGUACCAUGUUUUUAGGAAUAGGAGGACCAGAUGAUGCUCACCAUGGGCAAAAUGAAAAACUGGACAGAUACAAUUUCAUCGAAGGAACCAAACUCUAUGCUGCCUUAAUUCAAGAACUUGCUUCCCUCUAGUGAAAAUACAUAGAAUAAAAUCCUCUGAAAUAUAUUUACGUA